AUGAAUAUGUUAAGAUAUUUAAUUAACUUAAUAUUGGCUGAAGAGAUAAUUGAUGUUACAGUUAAACCCCUGGGAAAUGAACAUUUAUUUAAAAAUAACAACGAAAGAGCACAAAUUGUUAAAAUAAUAAGUAAUAAAUUAAAGGAAUCAUUCCUAAAAAGGAAUAAUUUAAUAGAACCUUCUAAUAUUUUAAAUAUUAAAAAAAUAUCUAAGUAUAUUCCUACAUCAUAUAAAAUAGAAAAGUAUAUUGUGAAAAAUUUGAAAGAGUUUAGAGGAUCUGGAUACAAAAUAAAAAAUAUUUCUAUAUAUGAUGAGAGUGGAAAAUAUUUUGAUUAUUUUUUAGAUGUUGAAUUUAUAAGAGUUGGUGAAAAUUUUAUAGACAAUAAAAGCGGUGUGUUAAUUGGCAAGUUAUUUAACUCUCGAGAUGAACUUAUUAAAAUGUCUAAAAUGAGUAAAACUGGAUUUUGGAUUGAUAAGAAUACAACUGAAAUGGAGGAUGAAAUGAACUUGAAUAAUGCUAAAGCUCUUUUGGCUGAACAAAUAAAAGAUGUUAAUAAUAUCAAAAAAAUUACAUCUGAUUGUGAUAUUCCUUUAGUUGAUACUCUUAUAUUUGAAGAUUCUUAUCCAAAUAAAAGAGAUGAGGUUGUUACUGUUUGUGUUUGUUCAAAUAAUGAUUGUUCUGAAUCUUGUAAAGAAGUUAGAAAGGUGUUUAGAAGAGAUUUAUAUGAAUAUUUUUAA